CACACAUUCAAACAUACACAUUCUGUAAAUCAAUCCACAGUAAUGAAACUGAGUGAUCUAACCAUUCAAUGUAAUUAAUACACCUGCAGAACAGCUAGAAACUGAUGCUGUAUUAUAUCAAUCAUGGCCAAUCAAGGAGAGAUCAGGGACCACGGUUGUGUAACAUAGGGAGACAUCUAGAUCUGCCUAUCCCAAAAGAAAACUAAACAUUUUAUGGAUAACUAAAUAGUGACAAUGGAACACCUUUAUAUACGCUGAUGAGGGCCAUUUUAUGGUGGUUUCACAUGCUUAGAAAUAAUGAAAUUCUUGUCACUAUCAUGUGGAUUCAUGCACUGUGCUUCCGUUAUUUUGCUGAUUGUCUUAAGUUUGUUUUACUCAACAGAUUACCACAGUGGUAUUCUUCUAGUCCACUUUGCUAAAUGUGUGUACAAUAAUAAUUUUAUUGCAAAUACUAAAUAUUUAUAAGCAAUAAUAUGUUGACAAAUCUUGUGUGUGUGUGCAUGUGUGUGUGUGUGUAACAGAACGGAAUCUUCCCUCUAUGACACCACAAAGGAACAAAUUGGAACUGCUGCACAAACCAGUGCAAACCAGACAUUCUGCACACAUUUUCACACGUUGUCUUAAGUAAAGGACCGUUAUAACUGUCAAAGAUGAAUACUAGAAAAUCUUUACCGUAUGGAAUGAAAAGCUUGCUGGAGUGUAUGUCCAGAGCAACACUCCUCACACAGCCAUUUGACACACCGAAAUUUCUGUCUACACAUGUGAAUGAAAUGACACAUUUCAGCAAAGAGGAAUCAAGAGAUAUCAAGGAUGUCGCCUUUAGGUAUCAAGAGCAGUGGGAGAAUAACAUAUUGAGAAGAGAGAGGUCAGAGACGCCAAAAACAUUCCUGGAGGACCCUCCUUCUCCUAUAUCCACAAUGCCCAGUGCAUCCUCUGAAUCCUUCACUGUAUCACCUCCCCCUGAGGUGUGCCGAAAGACACGUAGAGUUUCUUCAGUCAGGGUUCCCCAUCGACAAGAGAGUGUUGGUCUCACUGCUGAGGAGAUACCUGUCUUUACUAGUCAACCAAGACCAGUGCCACCACCGCAUGGAGAGAGAGUUAAGAAACAUCGGGUAUCAACAGACAGGAUUCCCCAUCGACAGGAGAGUGUUGGUCUCAUUGCUGAAGAGAUACCUGCCUCUACUAGUCAACCAAGACCAGUGCCACCUCCGCAUAGCGAGAGAGUUAAGAAACAUCGGGUAUCAACAGACAGGAUUCCCCAUCGACAGGAGAGUGUUGGUCUCACUGCUGAAGAGAUACCUGCCUUUCCUAGUCAACCAAGACCAGUGCCACCACCGCAUGGAGAGAGGGUUAAGAAACUUCAGGUAUCAACAGACAGGAUUCCCCAUCAACAGGAGAGUGUUGGUCUCACUGCUGAAGAGAUACCUGCCUCUACUAGUCAACCAAGACCAGUGCCACCUCUGCAUAGCAAGAGAGUUAAGAAACAUCGGGUAUCAACAGACAGGAUUCCCCAUCGACAGGAGAAUGUUGGUCUCACUGCUGAAGAGAUACCUGCCUUUCCUAGUCAACCAAGACCAGUGCCACCACCGCAUGGAGAGAGAGUUAAGAAACGUCGGGUAUCAACAGACAGGGUUCCCCAUCGACAGAAGAGUGUUGGUCUCACUGCUGAAGAGAUACCUACCUCUACUAGUCAACCAAGACCAGUGCCACCACCGCAUGGAGAGAGAGUUAAGAAACGUCGGGUAUCAACAGACAGGGUUCCCCAUCAACAGGAGUGUGUUGGUCUCACUGCUGAAGAGAUACCUGCCUCUACUAGUCAACCAAGACCGGUGCCACCUCUGCAUAGCAAGAGAGUUAAGAAACAUCGGGUAUCAACAGACAGGAUUCCCCAUCGACAGGAGAAUGUUGGUCUCACUGCUGAAGAGAUACCUACCUCUACUAGUCAACCAAGACCAGUGCCACCACUGCGUGGAGAGAGAGUUAAGAAACGUCGGAUAUCAACAGACAGGAUUCCCCAUCGACAGGAGAGUGUUGGUCUCACUGCUGAAGAGAUACCUACCUCUACUAGUCAACUGAGACCAGUGCCACCACUGCGUGGAGAGAGGGAUAAGAAACGUCGGGUAUCAACAGACAGGAUUCCCCAUCAAAAGGAGACAAAACCAUCUCUACCAUCUGCAUGGCAAGUGCUCCCACCUAUCCCACAAAAAGCUGCUUCACAGGGACAAAAAUCAACCAAGGGACGUGUCAGUGGUGUCUUUACUUGCCGUCUGACUGACUGUCCUUAUCACAAUAAACCCAUAGAAGGGUCUGCAGUUGACAGGGAAUUGGGGCCAAUUUGGGUGGAUAUAGAGCCUACAGUAAACAGGCAUCUGGAGCUACAAAAGUUAGAGGAAAAGUGUAGAUCAUCUCGGUUACGGGUUCCAUACAGACCAAAGGGAGGGCCUAUUGCAGAUCCAGAACUAGCGCCAAUAAGAACCAGGGCACAACCUGUGACAAAAAGAACUGGUGCAGAAAGCAACCUGUCUAAUAGCAAAAAGGGCACUGCCUACAGUAGACGAGGUGUUGUGUCCAAGGGCACAAACAGUAUGAAUCUGUCACAAGUGUCUCCGGAGUCCUCUGCAUACACCAAUUUAGCACAUACUGUUCAUAUUAUUAGAUACAGCCAUGUGCAGGCACAGUUCAGUGACCUUCAACCUCACUCUGCCAGGUUGCGUAACAUCACUUUGCAACCUAGUCUUCAGUCCCAAUAUCAGCAGGUAGCAAAGAGCAGAACCCCCAGUAAUCCCACAACAAGACACUUUUUAGCUAUGAGCAAAUCAUCUUAUUCAUAUUUUGUCCUACAAAAAACAAUUCUAGGACUUCUUCUGAAUAAUCCUGAUUUGUUUGAUAAAUACAGGCCCUGAUCUCAGUUUUGUCAUGCUUCCCACUUGGCACCUAUCAGUCUAGGAAGGAGAUCUCCUCUUGUGUGGUCCUUCCCAAGGUUUCUUCCAGUUUCACCUGUUAAAAGGUAUAAUUGGGAGUUUUUCCUUGCCCGCUUGAGGGGGGUGUCCUUACUACUUAGGUUUGGCAUGACUUCACAACAUUAAUUCCUCUGGCUUCUUAUAUCAAUAGAAUACUUAAAAUUAAUUGUACAGUUGUCAUUAGGGAUGUGCAGAGGGGCCAGUAUUUGUAUUUGUAUCUAUAUUUGUUGAGGCAGCAAAAUCAUUUGU